AUGGAUAAUACGUUGCCGUCGUCAACCAUACGAGCAAUUGCGUCCUUGGUCGUCCUCUUUGUUCUCGCGACGACCUUUCUCGCUCUCAGGAUUUACGCGAGAGUCUCGGCGUUGAGAAGUUGGCGGCUGGGGACGGACGACUAUCUCAUACUUUCGGCGUGGGUUCUGUUCACAUGCAUGAUAUAUCUUCGGGUCGCGCUUCUAAGUGCGUCCACGUUUGCGGGGAUACUGAACGUCCCAAAGUACAGCAAGAUCAGUAAGGCAGCCGGGGUAAUGUCAAACAUAGCGUGGGCGCUAAGCAAGACAUCGUUCGCCUUCACGCUCAUGCGUUUGAUGACGGGGAAGCUUCGAUGGAUGCUGUGGUUCAUCAUCUUCUCCAUGAACCUCUUCAUCGCGCUGUGGCUCCCAUUCUUUCUGAACCCAUGCGGCCCUGGCGGACCGGAGCCAUGCUGGCCACGGGAAAUGUCUGUUCCGUUUGGGAUAUUUGUCAAUGACACGUUGAGCACCCUCUUCAUCUGGGAAAGCGCUGAGAUCUCAGCCACAAUCAUGGCAACAUCAAUACCCAUGUUGCGAAAACUCGCCGUCAACAUCUCAACCAGAUACUCUUCUCGAGGAAGUAGCGAAAACACCAUGCUGUCCGUUUUCCAGCGCCAGUUACGUAUAGCUGGCCUCAGUAAUGAUGCUGAGAACCAACACGCUGACCAACCAACCAAUUAUACUGGCGCUUCCUCUACGAACUAUUCACGGGCUUGA